AUGCCCAAGCUCGCGCACGGGAAAAGGAGCGCGAGAGGGAGCGCCAGGCUGUCCAGUCGAGAACGGCGGCUGCUGCCGCUGCCGCCGCUGCUGAAGGUGGGUCAGCAGCAGCAGCAGCAGCAGGAGCCCGAGCAGCAACAGAGAGUUCUCAGAGAGCGGAGAAAGCAACGCGGCGUCGGACGGUGGAGACGCAGCCGGACGACUCUCGGCGGGGACCUGCGCCACUCGGAGCUGGCGCUGCUCGGAUCCGAGGAGGACAUCAUGAUAGAGGAGGAGGAGGAGGCCGAGGGAGCCGAGGAAGAAGAGGAGGAGGAGGAUGCGCAGGAGGAGAAGGGGUGCCGGGGAAGCAAGAGGUCGAGUUUUCUGUGCAACAUGGGCGAUGAGGAGGAGACCGUGUCGCUCACUGACAGGCGACCUCAGUCCGGGUACGAGAGUGUUUACAACGAGUGCGGCUGCUGCGAGAGAGUUGUCAUCAACGUGUCGGGUCUGAAGUUUGAAACUCAGCUCAAGACUCUCACUCAGUUCCCGGACACUCUCCUGGGAGACCCCGACAAGCGAAUCAGGUACUUUGACCCGCUAAGGAACGAAUACUUCUUCGACCGGAACCGACCGAGUUUUGACGCCAUUCUUUACUAUUACCAGUCGGGGGGGCGGUUGAAAAGACCAGUCAACGUCCCGUUUGACAUCUUCUCCGAGGAGGUGAAGUUUUACGAACUCGGGGACGAGGCGAUACUCAAGUUUCGGGAGGAUGAGGGUUUUGUCAAAGAGGAGGAAAAACCUCUGCCGGAGGACGAGUUCAAGCGCCAGAUCUGGCUGCUUUUUGAGUAUCCGGAGAGCUCGAGCCCCGCCAGGGGCAUAGCGGUCGUGUCCGUCCUGGUUAUAGUUAUUUCUAUUGUCAUUUUCUGCCUGGAGACGCUGCCGGAGUUUAGGGACGAAAAAGAAUACCUCCAGCCGCGACACAACUCCACUCAACCCGACCACGGAUUUACUCCUUUCAACGACCCGUUUUUCCUCGUGGAAACGGUUUGCAUCAUCUGGUUCUCCUUUGAGAUUAUAGUCCGCUUCUUUGCGAGUCCGAGCAAACCGGAUUUCUUUAAAAACAUUAUGAACUCAAUAGACAUUGUAUCCAUUCUGCCUUAUUUCAUAACCCUCGGCACGGACCUGGCGCAGCAACAAGGCAACGGGCAGCAAGCGAUGAGCUUUGCCAUCCUGAGAAUAAUCCGCCUUGUCCGGGUGUUUCGCAUAUUCAAACUGUCCAGGCACUCCAAGGGGCUGCAGAUCCUGGGCCAUACCCUGCGCGCCAGCAUGAGGGAGCUGGCCCUCCUCAUUUUCUUCCUGGUUAUAGGUGUCAUCCUGUUCUCCAGCGCGGUGUACUUCGCCGAGGCGGACGAGCCCACCUCUCAGUUCACGAGCAUCCCCGACGCUUUCUGGUGGGCAGUGGUGACCAUGACAACGGUGGGCUACGGCGACAUGAAGCCCAUCACUGUCGGUGGGAAGAUAGUGGGCUCCCUCUGCGCGAUCGCGGGCGUGUUAACCAUCGCGCUCCCGGUGCCGGUCAUAGUGUCCAACUUCAACUACUUUUACCACAGGGAGACCGAUAACCAGGAUGACCAGGCGCCGGUGGUGGAGAGCAUGCCCCCGGGCUGCCCCUAUUUCCCGGACUUUUUAAGGAAAUUCAAAGGCUCGCCCUCUGGCUCAUCGCUGGGUGACAAAGCGGAGUAUAUGGAGAUGGAGGAAGGCCUGACGGAGUCGCUUUGUGGUCUGGACAAGAGCCCCAGUAAAGGAAACGGCACAGACAUAGGGAGGAAAAACAGCACUAACUCAAAAUCCGUUCAGACUGACGUGUGA